AUGGAAAUCGACAUGCAGACGACGUUGCCCGAUCCAAUGGCCCUUCGUUCUACUGCUCUCUGCCGUCUCCCUCUAGAGCUCGCUAUCCCGUGUUUCACAAUCAUCUCCAUCAAAAUGAAGUCCUUUUUCGCUCUCAGCGCCCUGGCCGCCAUUGCCACUGCCCAGGAGAUCUCUAACCUGGCCACGUGCGGUCAAACUUGCGCCAACAACAUGAUGGCUGCUUCCAAGGCCCAGGAGCUCGGCUGCUCUGCCAACGACCUCAAGUGCCUCUGCGACAAUGUCAACUUCGGCUACGGUCUUCGUGACUGCUCUGCCGCCAUCUGCCCCAGCGAGGAUGCCGCCAAGGUUGUUGCCUACGGUAUUGCCGCUUGCAAGGCUGCCGGUGUCGAAAUCAACCCUGGCACUGCCUCUGCUUCUGCCUCGGGCUCUGGCUCUGGCUCUGGCUCUGGCUCUGGCUCUGGCUCGGGCUCGGGCUCGGGCUCUGGCUCUUCUGGAUCUGCCACUGCCACUGCCUCCGGCUCCGGCUCUGGUAACGGUGCUUCGGCCACCGGCUCUGAAUCUGCUACCGGUACCAACGGUGUUGGCGCUGGUGGUGUCGGCGCUGGCAGCGGCGCCUCGUCCACCGGCUCUGGCUCUGGCUCCGAAUCCACCUCCGGCGCCGGCUCUGGCUCCGAAUCCACCUCUGGCUCCGAGUCUGGUGCUGGUGCCUCUUCCACUGCCUCUGGCGAUGCCACCUCUACCGGCACUGGUGCUGGCUCCGAGAGCACCUCUGGCUCCGGAGAGGGCAGCUCCACCAGCUCUGGCUCUGGCUCCGAGACCACCCAGGCUGCUUCUUCUUCCGCGGGCUCUGGCAGCGGCACUGAGUCUUCCACCUCUGGCUCCGGCUCUGGUGCUACUUCCACCACCAGCUCCAAGAACUUUGCUGCCCAGGCUACUGCCCAGGUCGGCGCUGUUGCCGCCGCCGCUGGUAUCGCCGCUUUCUUCCUAUAA